ACUAGACUUGUGUCAAACAAGUUUGCUCUCAAACACAGUGUCGUGUUGCAUCCGCUAGUGUUCGUUUCGAAUGAUUUGUAAAGUAAUAACAUUAAAUUAAGAAAGACACUGUUCUAUCGGCACAACGUUUUUGAACAUAUAUUUGGAUAUUAAAGAAUUGACAACAUGUUAGCCGCUUUAAUUGUGUGUGCUCUCGGCCUUGCUACCACUGUAAUAUGUGAAUGCGAUGACCUUAUGGCACAUUGCGACCGAUUGGAUGAACGCUACUGUCUGCCGCCUUAUGACGUUUACGCUCGUGAGAUAUGCCCCAGCCGUUGUGGUCUAUGUGACGAGGUGAAUGUUUCCCAGAAGAAGCGUUCCCAUGGUGUCGUGCAUCAGUGGGCUACUGAACACUGCUGGGACCACAGUUCCUCCCACCUUGCGGACCCAUUCUGUGCUCUUCUCACUAACACUACUACCCCACAACCAACGACAGAAUUUUCACAGCUGUACCACCGUUAG